AUGGGAGAGGUAGCGCGUGGAGGUUGUUGUCCUCCGAUGGAUCUGUUCCGUUCGGAGCCGAUGCAACUGAUUCAGCUCAUCAUUCCCAUCGAAUCCGCUCACUGCACUGUUUCAUACCUCGGUGACCUUGGCCUUCUUCAGUUUAAAGAUCUCAAUUCAGAGAAGAGCCCCUUUCAACGAACUUAUGCAACUCAGAUAAAAAGAUGUGGAGAGAUGGCUCGUAGAUUGCGUUUCUUCAAGGAGCAAAUGUUUAAGGCAGGUGUUUCACCAAAAGGUUCCACAGCACAGUUUGAUGUGAACAUCGAUGACCUUGAGAUAAAACUUUCAGAAAUUGAGUCUGAGUUAACUGAGAUGAAUGCAAAUGGUGAAAAGUUGCAACGCACAUACAAUGAACUUGUUGAGUAUAAGCUUGUUCUGCAGAAGGCUGGUGACUUUUUCCACUCAGCUCAAAGCCGUGCCAUAGAGCAGCAAAGAGAAUAUGAAUCACGCCAUCUGAGUGGAGAUUCUAUGGAAGCACCUUUAUUACAAGACCAAGAGUUACCAGGUGAUUCAUCAAAGGCAGUUAAGUUGGGAUUUUUAGCUGGUCUCGUUCCCAGGGAAAAGUCCAUGGCAUUUGAGAGAAUUUUAUUUCGUGCUACUAGAGGCAAUGUAUUUUUGAGGCAGACUGCUGUUGAGGAUCCGGUUACAGACCCUGUUUCUGGAGAAAAGACUGAGAAAAAUGUUUUUGUCGUCUUUUACGCCGGUGAAAAAGUGAAAGCCAAGAUUCUGAAAAUCUGUGAUGCCUUUGGUGCCAAUCGAUACCCGUUUGCUGAGGAACUUGGAAAACAAGCUCAAAUGAUUACAGAGGUUUCUGGAAGGCUUACGGAAUUGAAGACCACCAUAGAUGCUGGACUUUUGCACCGAGUUAACUUGCUGGAAAAUCUUGGGACUCAAUUCGAGCAAUGGAAUCUUUUGGUGAGGAAGGAGAAAUCCAUCCACCAUACCCUGAACAUGCUGAGCCUUGAUGUGACGAAAAAAUGUCUAGUGGCUGAGGGGUGGAGUCCCGUUUUUGCAACAAAGCAGGUCCAAGAUGCAUUACAGCGGGCUUCAAAGGACUCUAACUCCCAAGUCAGUGCUAUUUUGCAAGUUUUGCAUACCAGAGAGUUGCCACCUACCUACUUUCGCACGAACAAAUUUACGUCUUCGUAUCAAGGAAUUAUAGACUCAUAUGGGGUUGCUAAAUAUCAAGAGGCAAAUCCUACUGUGUUUACUGUAGUUACCUUUCCAUUUCUUUUUGCUGUAAUGUUUGGUGAUUGGGGGCAUGGAAUAUGUUUACUACUGGCAGCUCUAUAUUUCAUAAUCAGGGAGAAGAAACUUUCUAGCCAGAAGCUUGAUGACAUCACGGAUAUGACUUUUGGGGGUCGCUAUGUUAUUUUCAUGAUGUCACUCUUCUCGAUCUACACUGGCCUAAUCUAUAACGAGUUCUUUUCUGUUCCAUUUGAACUCUUUGGCGCCUCUGCAUAUGAGUGCCGUGACCUUUCUUGCAGGGAUUCUACCACAAUAGGGCUGAUAAAAGCGCGUCGCACUUACCCUUUUGGAGUGGAUCCUGUAUGGCAUGGUACACGUAGUGAAUUACCAUUCCUAAAUUCUUUGAAAAUGAAGAUGUCAAUUCUUCUUGGAGUUGCUCAAAUGAACCUUGGAAUUAUAAUGAGCUAUGCCAAUGCCAGGUUCUUUAAGAACCAUGUAAAUGUAUGGUUCCAAUUUAUCCCCCAGGUGAUAUUUCUUAACAGUCUAUUUGGCUACCUAUCCCUCCUUAUUAUUGUGAAGUGGUGCACGGGUUCUCAAGCUGAUUUGUACCACGUAAUGAUCUACAUGUUCCUGAGCCCAACAGAUGAUUUAGGCGAGAACCAACUCUUUGAGGGUCAGAAAAAUGUUCAGCUCGUGCUUCUGCUUCUGGCUGGUGUCGCUGUGCCCUGGAUGCUGUUGCCAAAACCCUUUAUUUUGAAGAAACAACAUGAAGCUAGGCACAUGGAUGAAUCCUAUGCAUCACUUCCAAACACGGAGGAAAGCUUGCAAGUGGAAUCAAAUCACGAUUCCCAUGGUCAUGCGGAAUUUGAGUUCAGUGAAAUUUUUGUACAUCAACUCAUACACACUAUAGAAUUUGUACUUGGAGCAGUAUCUAAUACAGCUUCUUACCUUCGUCUGUGGGCCCUUAGUCUUGCUCAUUCAGAGUUAUCAACUGUAUUCUACGAGAAGGUUCUGCUUAUGGCAUGGGGGUACAAUAAUUGGAUUAUCCUGAUAGUGGGUCUCCUUGUUUUCAUUUUUGCAACUGUUGGAGUGUUACUUGUCAUGGAAACUCUGAGUGCCUUCUUGCACGCAUUGAGGCUUCACUGGGUGGAGUACCAAAACAAGUUUUACGAAGGAGAUGGUUACAAGUUCCACCCUUUCUCGUUCACAUUGCUAGACGAAGAGGAUGAGUUGAUAUAA